CUCCCAGAGCCAUCUUCCCAUCACAAUAUUGUACCGCUCGUUGUCGGGUGGUGUCCGACAGAGUGAGCCGCACCGGACGCCUAGCACUCCUUCUCGGAGUCCCGAGAAGCGAGUUGUACCGUGAGAGGAGGAAAGUGACAGGAACCGGUCGCCUAAGAUGGUAGGAAUAGGCGCCAAAAUUACCCGGCUUUUGCCGCUGAUCGGGUAUCACCACGUGUUGAUGAUUAUCAUCGCGGUUGCCAUCAUUCUUCUUUCCCUACUGUUGGCGGGGUGCUCAUCGUCCUCCCCGCAAAUUCCCGACAUAUUCCUGAUUUCAUUAUACUACGAGCGCUACAAACCGACAUUCAAUCUUGCCCAGGUAGACCCAGGAGUGGUGACAGCAACGGCGAACAUUGUGGGAGGAGCACAAAUGGAGGUUCGGGUGGGCUACUUCGGAAUCUGCGUGCAGCCAGACGACGGAUCCUAUAUCUGCAACUCGAAUGCGACAGCAUUGGCGGAGAUCGUCACAGUUGAUCAGGACCCUUUGAACCUGAUUUGGGUGGCAUCAACAUUCAAGGAUGCUGUUGUUUUUCCAUAUCUCCUAAUCAUUGCCGUCAUUCUAGCCUUCUUCUGCUUUAUCCUUCUCGCCACUUUCCCUGGCUGGCACGAUGAGCUAGAUCCCAGUGGUUCCGAAGUCGAAUCCAAGCCCUUUCCGUCGCGACCUGUGUCCCAAGCAGCAUUGGCUCUCAUCUUCGUGGCCUCAGUAUUCGUCCUUGUCUCUGUGCUAUGGCAGCACACGGCGUCCGUAGCCGCAAGUACCAUCGCUCAAGACAUGGGUAACGGAAGUGUCAAGAGUGGCGUGGGCACGUCCGCCAUGGUUCUCGGCUGGUUUGGAUUCGGUCUCCUGGUGGUCGUGACGAUAGGACUGCUCGUUAUGAUUCUCAGCAUCAACUUGAUAAAACAGUUGACGGAUGACGCAUAACCGUCGCGUGGCAAACGUUUCUUAUAUCCUUUUGAAUGGUUUUGGCUUUUCCUUUCGACACAUCAUACACCCCUCCCCUUCACCCUGACUUACGACAUGAAUACACACGAACAGCACAGCAACAUGAUUAAUUACGAAUGGUUUUGGAAUGGAUAUGUUAUGGAUUUUAUGGACAUGGAUACGGAUAUGGGAUCAUGAAGAAAUGCAUAAUGAGCAUAUUUGAGGCGGCCAACAAUAUCGGAGAUCGAUUAUACCUCCAAUUCUUGGUCUGUCC